UGGUUUGAAAAUGAAUUAAAAUAUGUCCCCUAGUAGAAAGAAGUAUACUUAAAAUACAACAUUGGAACCCCUGGUGGCAAAUGGCGGAACUACGCAAAACUGUCAGAUUGGGAUCAGCUGCUGUCAUGAGAAAACAACAAUCGUUGUCCAGCCAAAAAGGUAUAAAAGGAGACGCAUUUCACACAAUCGGGAUCAGUCUUCUGUUGAUGGCUGGUAAGUCAAGUGUGAUUGGGAGGAAGAAAAGGCGCGCAACCUCGGUUGAAUUGAGUCUUAGUAAGCCAAACAAUAAGCCUUGACUAUUUGUGGAGACUGGACUGGACUGAACGCAGGGUCAAGUGAGGGUUGUAGCAAUACUCCCUAUUCUUCGGGCUGCGUUGACGGCGACUGAACGCAGGGUCAAGUGAGGGUUGUAGCAAUACUCCCUAUUCUUCGGGCUGCGUUGACGGCGACUGAACGCAGGGUCAAGUGAGGGUUGUAGCAAUACUCCCUAUUCUUCGGGCUGCGUUGACGGCGACUGAACGCAGGGUCAAGUGAGGGUUGUAGCAAUACUCCCUAUUCUUCGGGCUGCGUUGACGGCGACUGAACGCAGGGUCAAGUGAGGGUUGUAGCAAUACUCCCUAUUCUUCGGGCUGCGUUGACGGCGACUGAACGCAGGGUCAAGUGAGGGUUGUAGCAAUACUCCCUAUUCUUCGGGCUGCGUUGACGGCGACUGAACGCAGGGUCAAGUGAGGGCUGUAGCAAUACUCCCUAUUCUUCGGGCUGCGUUGACGGCGACUGACCUACUCAUCGGGCUGCUGCUGUGCCAAAGCUGCCGCCACCCGAUUCGUCGUGCGCGUAUUCAUCAGGCCGCCGCUGUGCCAAGCUGCCGCCACUACUACUCGCCGCUGACGUAUUCAUCGGGCCGCCGCUGUGCCAAAGCCGCCGCCACCCUAUUCGCCGCUCGCCUAUUCAUCGGGCCGCCGCUGUGCCAAAGCCGCCGCCACCCUAUUCGCCGCUCGCCUAUUCAUCGGGCCGCCGCUGUGCCAAGCUGCCGCCACUACUACUCGCCGCUGACGUAUUCAUCGGGCCGCCGCUGUGCCAAAGCCGCCGCCACCCUAUUCGCCGCUCGCCUAUUCAUCGGGCCGCCGCUGUGCCAAAGCCGCCGCCACCCUAUUCGCCGCUCGCCUAUUCAUCGGGCCGCCGCUGUGCCAAAGCCGCCGCCCCCCUAUUCGCCGCUCGCCUAUUCAUCGGGCCGCCGCUGUGCCAAAGCCGCCGCCACCCUAUUCGUCGCUCGCCUAUUCAUCGGGCCGCCGCUGUGCCAAGCUGCCGCCACUACUAUUCGUCGCUCGCCUAUUCAUCGGGCCGCCGCUGUGCCAAGCUGCCGUCACUACUAUUCGUCGCUCGCCUAUUCAUCGGGCCGCCGCUGUGCCAAAGCCGCCGCCACCCUAUUCGUCGCUCGCCUAUUCAUCGGGCCGCCGCUGUGCCAAGCUGCCACCACUGCUACCCGUUUAUUAACAUUUCGACUGAACUUUGUGAUUUAGUGUUCUUCGUAAAAAGUUCUGAACGUGAUUUUAUUGUGUUUAGUGUAGUGUUUAGUGUUAUUUAAGGAAAUAAAUUUAUAACGUUUUAAGAAAAUAUUUUUGCUUCGCUCUCUCUCUCUCCUUAUGUCCUAACAAAUAAAUUUUUGUGACGACUCUGGCCCCCGCUGAACCUACCCCAGCUUCAAAGUGAAAACACGUCGUCACAAUGGCGCCCGAGCAGGCACUAUAAAAGAGAGAAAGAAUAAAUAAAUGAGUGAACAAUAAUUAGACAAAUACAGAUGAAAACCCAGUGAAAAAAAAAAACAGUUAAAAAAAAAAAAAACUGAAACAAGUAAAAAAAAAAAAAAAAAAAAAAAAAAAAAAAAAAAAAAAAAAAAAAAAAAAAAAAAAAAAAAAAAAAAAAAUGUCAAACGAAAAGACAAUGUUGAAGGUCUCCUGGGCCUAUAUGCUAAAGCAAGAAGACUUGGUAACAUAUCUUACUGAAUUCAAUCUUGAUCCAGUUGGAAAAGUGGACGAUCUCCGAAAAAGAUGGGCUAAAUUUCUCCACAACGACCAUGAAGCCGAUGUAUACAGACGGCUUAUAGAGUUGCAGAACAAACAUGAAAGUACCAGUCCGACCAAAUCGCCGACAUUGCGAGCCGUCACAAAACAACCCCUUAUAACCGUAACACCGUGUGGAGCAGAAGCAAUAGUAUUAUCCCCAAUAAAAACAGAGUACGCCCUUCCCCACAUUUCCGCGGAAAGGUCACAUGGAGAGUCAAGCACAGGGGUAACAAACGAUCAAAAAGUACAGAAGAUGUCGCCAACAAACCCCGAAUAUGGAUUUCAAAAAGAUUCUCCGCCCAAGCCAUCCAAUAAUUCGUCGUUACUCGUAAUUCUCGACCAAAUCCGAAAAUGGAAUAUUACUUUUGAAAAUGGUAUGGACCCUAUUGGAUUCGUAGAACGUGUAGAAGAAAUGGCUGAAAUGUACAUCGUGGAAUUGAAUCAAAUAAUUAAAGUAAUGCCAGAGUUGUUACGAGGUAAAGCUUUAAUCUGGCUAAGGAACAACAACCGACACUGGACUACCUGGAACGAAUUUAAGAGUGAUUUUCUGAAAUUCUUUUUGCCACCGAGAUACUUUGAGAAAUUGGAGGAUGAAAUUAGGAGAAGGAUACAGCGUAAUAAGGAGCCGUUUAAGGAAUAUGUACUCUCUAUACAGCAUCUUAUGCAGCACACCAAUAUGACCGAAGAACAAAAAUUGGAACGAAUUUUUAGAAACGCGCAUUCGGAUUAUCAAUGGUACAUUCGCCGUAAAGACUUUACCACACUUUCGGAAUUGAUCUCCUUGGCAGACGAACUCGAAAGCAUACCAAAUAAUUCUCGGUCAGAACAGCCUCGAAAUCAACAAAACUAUAAUCGACGUGCGGACAACUCUAGAAAUAACCUGUAUUGCACCAAUCAAGGUGACCAAGUGCUAAACGAAAGCUCAUCCAAUCCAGAAACGCAGCAGGAUGAACCCCCGGCAAAGAAGAGUAACCAGAAUAUUACAUCAUUGCAAUGUGAAGAAUAUCGCCUUACUGCAACUGUCUUAAUAGAGGGGAAAGCUAUUAAAGCAACUGUCGACACUGGUGCCACUAGCUGUUUUAUAAAAAGAGAAUUUGCGGAAAAAAUCAAGAAAAGGUUUACUUAUUCACGGCAUGAGGCAAAUGUUAUCCUCGCAGACGGCACCACGGUGAACAUCACAAGAUCAACAGUGUUACCUGUUACAUUUGGAAACCAAAGCUCAGAUGUUACAUUUCUCAUCAUGCCGCAAUUCAAGGGAAACAUCAUAUUGGGAUUGGAAUUUCUAAAACAGUUCCACACGACCAUUCACUGCGCCGGUAUAAGUGUCAAAUUAAGUAAGCCAACCACAUCAACGGAGCAUUGUACCGUGGCUAUAGGAGAGGAAACCCCAUCAAAAGAGACAUUAAAUUGACAAUACCCAAACUAAUCAGUGUCCUAAUAUAAGCCCAUACUUCAAAGACCAUCGCAAUUCUCAAAAUUUCAACAUCACGAUGGAGCAAGAUAGCCCCAACACGAUAACACAUUUCUCGAACUGCCAAAUUAUCCCGAAAACCUACAAAUCCGUAUCGAGAAGUUUAAAAACAAUUGGAAAAAGGGACACAAACUGAAGCGAAUUGUUAAACAAGAUGGCAAGCAGUACCGCAUAAUAAUAUCAGCAGACGGGGUAGUGAAGGUAUCUCUCCGAACUUCUGCAAUUGGUCUCUAACAUACCUUCCUAUUCGACCGAGAUAUAGUCGAACCAAAGUGCCCAUGUCGGAGAAAUAAAAGGUUACAUAACACCCUAGGGCUUCCUGGCUAUUGAAACCCAAUAGCAAUAGAGAAAGCAAAUCAAGGAAUCAAAAAUCAGAGGGAGGAAGAGAUGCCAUGUAACGCCCAAAAGUCAUGCUUUCGUUUUUGGGGUACAUUAUUAUUUUAAAGACCAUUUUUACUUACUUAUGUUAUAUACAUCAACUAUGAAUUAUAUUUUUUUUGGUUUGAAAAUGAAUUAAAAUAUGUCCCCUAGUAGAAAGAAGUAUACUUAAAAUACAACAUUGGAACCCCUGGUGGCAAAUGGCGGAACUACGCAAAACUGUCAGAUUGGGAUCAGCUGCUGUCAUGAGAAAACAACAAUCGUUGUCCAGCCAAAAAGGUAUAAAAGGAGACGCAUUUCACACAAUCGGGAUCAGUCUUCUGUUGAUGGCUGGUAAGUCAAGUGUGAUUGGGAGGAAGAAAAGGCGCGCAACCUCGGUUGAAUUGAGUCUUAGUAAGCCAAACAAUAAGCCUUGACUAUUUGUGGAGACUGGACUGGACUGAACGCAGGGUCAAGUGAGGGUUGUAGCAAUACUCCCUAUUCUUCGGGCUGCGUUGACGGCGACUGAACGCAGGGUCAAGUGAGGGUUGUAGCAAUACUCCCUAUUCUUCGGGCUGCGUUGACGGCGACUGAACGCAGGGUCAAGUGAGGGUUGUAGCAAUACUCCCUAUUCUUCGGGCUGCGUUGACGGCGACUGAACGCAGGGUCAAGUGAGGGUUGUAGCAAUACUCCCUAUUCUUCGGGCUGCGUUGACGGCGACUGAACGCAGGGUCAAGUGAGGGUUGUAGCAAUACUCCCUAUUCUUCGGGCUGCGUUGACGGCGACUGAA